UGAAUAUGAAUCCAUUAGCGCAAAAUACCGCUCAAAAUAAUCAAAUUAUCACUUCUACUUCUCUUGAUGAAAAGUAUAAUACCUCUUUGAGCAAUUGUGCUAAUAAAAAUAAUAAUAUGCAACAUUUAACGUCAUGUCAACCCUUGCAUCGUACUCAAGACAACCCUUUAUCCAAAUUUUCUCAUGAAUAUUUUGGAGAAGGGGAAUAUCCAUUCUUUUAUCAUCCACCUAAUGAUCCUCAAAUUUUUCAUAUUACUUGUAAAGAGAUUUCUCACGAUUACGAAUCUCAAUUAUUAAAUAAGACCGCGAAUAUUCCCCCUAAUAAUAAUAUUAAUGAUUGUGCGAUUUAUACUUUUUAUUAUCAUUUAAAUCAUAAUAAAUCAUUUCAAAUAACUUGUGAAAUGGUUUCUCAUACGUUAAUAGUUCAGUAUUUGAAUAAAAAUAUUUUUGGUAUUGAAUUAAGACAUGUUGAUCAACAUCAAGAAUAUUUGAAAUUUUCUAACGGUCAAAGGGAAAAUUUAGAGUACCAUUUAAAAGGAUAUUUAUUUAAUUAUCUGACACCAAAAAGAAUCAAUAACAAUAAUUUGAAUAUGAUUAAACAAGAUGAUAAUAAUGGUAAUGUUAAAAAUUCUAUUAAUAAGACGGGUAUUAUUCAUACAAAAUUUUUAAAUAAAUUGUAGGAGUUUGGAGUUUUUUUUUUUUGAUAUCGUAAAUGGUAGUUUAUUAUUUUUUUUUUUAUACAUAUAUACAUUAUAUAUCGAUAUAUACGAAUUAAGUAGAAGUAUUUUUUAAAAGUUGUCUCUCUCUCUCUCUCUCUAUCUCUCUUUUUUA